GAGAAGUCAACACAUUUCCUGUUUGUGAUGGUGCGUGUGUGAAAUGUCACUGAAUGCCUGUGUGAGUUGGUUAUUCAGGAGGGUCCGAAUCUCCGUGCCAUGUGCCUCAUCGAUACUCUCCGGUGCAGUUGGAGGACGGAUGUUUUCAGCUGCAACAUCCAGAUUGAUCCAAAACGGAGCAUUUAAUAGCGCAGCUCUCAACUGCUGACCUCACUGAGGCCGGCUCUCGAAUCCUUUCUCAUCAUGUCUUCUUCCCUCCAAGGGAAGCUGGUGCGGCCCGUCGUGGGGAAGCAGACUGUGAUCUGUGUCGAGGGAAACAUCGCCAGUGGGAAGACCACAUGCCUGGAGUACUUCAGCCAGACCAGCGGUCUUGAGAUCCUUACAGAACCGGUCUCAAAGUGGAGGAACGUCCGGGGACACAACCCUCUGGGCCUCAUGUACCAGGACCCCUCACGCUGGGGCAUCACCUUGCAGACCUACGUCCAGCUCACCAUGCUGGACCGACACCUGUCCGCCACCACUGCUCCUAUUAGGAUGUUGGAGCGGUCCAUCUUCAGCGCCAAACAUAUAUUUGUGGAGAACCUGUACAGAAGUGGUAAGAUGCCAGAGGUGGACUACACUGUCCUCAGUGAGUGGUUCGACUGGAUCACCUCCAACAUCUCCAUCCCUCUGGACCUCAUUGUCUACCUGCAGACCUCCCCGCUGACUUGCUAUCAGAGGCUGAAGCAGAGAUGCAGAGAAGAAGAGAAGCUCAUCCCCCUGGAGUACCUGCAGGCCAUCCACCAGCUCUACGAGGACUGGCUCUUCUCAUCAUCUCCUCCGGCUCCGGUUCUGGUGAUCCCAGCUGACCACGACCUGCAGAAGAUGGUCCAACAGUACGAGGAGAACCGUGACCGCAUCAUCACUGCAAACUACUGACACGUCCUCUCCUGGAGUCUCAGGUGACGCUGAACAUUCCUUGAACAAGAGUAGGAAGUGAUGAAGUCUGUUACAUCGGCUGCCUGGACCUCAGGGCCAAGCCAGCUCAUGUCUGUCCGAACAUUAUUUAUUAGUCAGCUUUUGGAUUGUGUGACUGCCUCGUGUUCAGUCGGGACCAUUAAAACAUGAACCACCUCUGUGAGCAGAGACUGAUCUUUGUGUCCUCAGUGCUUCAGCUGGUCUGCAUUCAACCCUCACACAAGGUCAACCAGGGACAGCGUGUGCCAGCACAGUCUCGGGGGUGAAGCCAUCAUGCUGAGAUCACUAACAAAGAAACGACAGUCAUCCACCAACACUUUUAUUGGUGUGUGUUUGCCACUCGCUCGCUGUUGAAAGACUUUUGGGCUGAAGCCAAACAAAGUUAAGAAAAGUACAAA